AUAGAGAUGGUAACGAUUGUCUGUCUCCUAUUGGUGAAGGGGACAGAGAAGAAGAGUAUUUUAGCCUUUUCUUGUGAUAUUUUCCUAGAUUUUGAGCGGUCUUAUCUUUACUUCUCCAACUCAGAUUACCAUGUCUACGGUUCCGGUGAAGUCACUACCACCGGUUGGCUUAUAUCCUAUUCGCCGGAACCUCGCUAGUACGACGACUUUGAAGUCCCAGGCAAUGCCCACCUCCGUCGGGUUGUCUACUUAUAAUAGAUGCUUUGAAUUUAAAUCUUCGAGCCAGAUGAGGAAUCCAGCGUUUUUAAGCCACCGUCGGCGAGUUAGUACGGUGGUGGCUUCAGCCGGGAACAUGACUGCACCGUCGUCUUGGGAGUCUUGGAUGCCAGAUAAGAAGGCGGCGGCGACGACUCUAUUGCUGAGUGACGUCAUUUGGCCCGCAGCUGGAGGGUUUGCGGCGAUGGCAAUAAUGGGAAGAAUGGAUCAAAUGUUAUCUCCAAAAGGGAUUACAAUGUCUGUUGCACCACUUGGUGCCGUCUGCGCCAUUCUUUUCACUAGUCCAUCUGCUCCUGCUGCUCGGAAAUACAAUAUGUUUUUAUCUCAAAUAGCUUGUGCUGCGAUUGGAGUGGUAGCGCUCUCCGUAUUCGGUCCAGGUUGGCUCGCCCGGAGCGUUGCCCUCGCCGCUUCUAUUGGUUUUAUGGUCAUUGCUCGUGCCAAUCACCCUCCUGCGGCGAGCCUACCACUAAUGUUCAUAGAUGGAGCGAAGUUCCAUCACUUGAAUUUCUGGUACGCUUUGUUCCCAGGUGCAGCCGCAUGUGUCAUUCUAUGCCUUAUCCAAUCAGUCGUGUGCUACUUGAAGGAAAACAUAAAAUUUUGAUGAAUCAUCAAGCGACAAAUAUGAUCGAAUGAUAGAUAUAAAUAAGUGUACAAAUAUACACAUAUUUAUGGAACCAUUGUGAAUGUAUUUUGUUUAUCUAUGUAUAUUCAUUCCCUUGUACGUAUAAAUACGUUCUUUUUUUAGUUAUCAUCUGAGACAUUUAACGUAUCACAAAACGAGACGGAUUUUUUUCC